ACAGGUGAAUUCUGAAGAGAUGAAUCCACGGGCUCCAUGACCAAGCUGUCAAAGAUGUUGUCAAACAGAGUUUACUAAGCUGGUAAGUGAAAGCUCUGUUUAAACUUAAGUUCAUUGAUGUUAAAAUCUAAUCUUUAAUUUUCUUAAGAUGCUGUAUUACUAUGGGCGCCUUGAAGUAUCAACCCAUGCAUCAGAAGAGACAAAGGCUACCCGAUGGCUUCUUCAGACACUUUUCACCAAUAAGCUUGCCCGAACAAUCAGCUGGGAAGGAACAAAAGAGACAAAAAUAGCUCUGAAGCCCACUAAAAUUUGCAAGCUCAUGCUUUGUAUUCUGAAGAAAACCUUCAGCAAAUCCAAUCUGAUCAUGGCAACUGGCCAAAUUCAGCGUUGGUUCAACACUAGUUCUCAAAGAAAAGUUGAGAGCAGUAGUGGCGACAGCAGUGAUGAAACAACAGAAUGACUGAUUCCUAAUUUUUGUUAGUUUUUAUUUUGCUUUAUUUGUAUGCUCCAAGUCAUGUUUUAUUGUGAUUAUUAUGAUACACAUCAAUUCAGUGUUCCUGGAGCUGUGACAUGAGUUUUAUUUUGUUGACUUUUGGGUGAUCUCAAUUUUUCAUAACAUGUAUGUUAAUGAUUAUUAUUCUUAGUUUGUGAUGGUAUACAUCAAUUUACAUUCAAUGUUCCUAGAUGAGCUGUGAUAUUAGGUUUUUGUUCUUUUUUGUUUAAGCAGCUAUGAGCAACAGAGUGACUGUUUUCUUCUAGUAUCCUAGAUGUCUAUAUCAUUUAAGGUUUACACUUCGUUAUGUU